UGGUUUGUUUUGAUGGGGCCCUGUUCUUUUAAUCACAGACUCCUUUGGCCUCUAUCACUCUUCAUCUCUGUCACUGACUCGCUCUCCCUCAUUCCUUCCUUGUCUCUGUCUCUCCCAAAUAACCCUUUAAGAUGAAACAGAUACAGGCCCCUAAUUGGGGUUUUACAGUGAAGUACAGAAACAGCGUCCAGACAGUCCUGCUUAAUCUGCCGCCAGAGUUGCCAGGUCUGCAGUUUUCUCACUGAAGUCAUUGGCCACUUUUUUAAAUAUUGAACAAUAAAUGUUUAUGACUCAAAUCCUGUCAAACUGACACCAGGCCUUGGGUCAUUAGCUCUCUCACUUUCAGAAUGGCAGUGCAGCUGUGGUGCACACAUUCUCAGAGAAGAACUUUAUGAAGAAAAAACAGUGCAAGAGAAUGAAUGACACCCUUUUUCUGAACAUCCUGCGUAAUUGCGCAUUCAUGCAGUGACAGGAAAUCUGCUGCCACCAGUUUGAGCCAGCCAAAGAUAUGCUGGCCUUGUUCAAUACAGAUAUGAAUGACAAGGACAAGGGUGAUGACCUUGAAUAGUUCAAGAUCAUAUUAAAGUACAUAUUGCUAUUAUAGUAUUACUGAUGUGUUUAAAACCAACAUUUAUGGAUAUUUAGGGACAUAUUUUUUAUUCUGGAUCUUUGGUCAGUUUUCUACCCAGUUUGGUUUUGGGUUUUAAAUCUCUUUGUCACCCUGACUGGCUGACAGAGCAGAGAACAAGCACCUCGUGUGAGAAGCUGCGACACAGAUUUUUUUUUUUUUUUUUUACUGCUGUUGUUUGGACUGUGACCACCAGAGGUCCAAUAGUUAGCCAUGAGGAGCAGCUGACUUGAAAGUGACCUGACACAGUAGCAUAGUUACAUGAGAAAAAACACGAAGCAGGUUGAGAAGACUGGACUUACCUUAUUGUCAAAAUGUUUAAACUUAAUACCAAAGUACAAAGAAAGGUAUCUAUGUUCACACCUUAAAUAGAUGGUCACUUAUAAAAACACAGAGCAAAAUCAAUGUGGAUAUACACACAGCGUAUUGACAGUAAGAACUGGAUGGAGAACAUUCAUAUUGUUUUAAUCUAUAGUAAUUGUGAUAAUCGUAUUAUCUUGAUAAAUUCUCUCACACACUUGAUUGCGUGUGAACUCUUUUGCUCCUCCCACCUGCACAUCCACAUUGCUGCCUGAUCCCCCUGCACCCUUGUCAUUUCAACACCUGAUCAGAGUGUACCAGAUUGGCUACCUUCCCUACGACUGCUGUCUGAACCAGCGAUGGCCGAUCUGCCACCACCUGAGCAGGGACACCCACUGCUGCUGACCAAGACCCAUAAUGGAACCAUACCUGACGGGAAAGAAGCUCCCAAGGACAGGUUGCACGCCAGAGGCCAGUGGGCUAAUAAGGCAGAGUUCCUUCUGGCUGUGGCAGGACAGAUCAUUGGUCUGGGCAAUGUCUGGAGGUUCCCUUACCUCUGCUACAAGAACGGUGGAGGUGUGUUCUUCGUGCCAUACCUGGUGUUCCUGGUGCUGUGUGGCAUCCCACUGUUCCUGCUGGAGUCAUCUCUGGGCCAGUACCUGAGCCUGGGAGGUGUCAGCGCCUGGAGAACCAUCUGUCCUCUCUUUGGAGGCCUGGGUUAUGCCAGUCAGCUGAUCAUCCUGCACGGCUGCGUCUACUACAUCGUCAUCCUGGCCUGGGCCGUCUUUUACCUGUCCUACAGCUUCCAAGCCGAGCUGCCGUGGUCCCACUGUAACAACACGUGGAACACUGAGGCCUGUGUCCUGUUUGAUCAUUACAACAAGACAGCCAACGAAAGCAGCCUGCCUCAGAAUGCAUCAUCACCUGUCAUGGAAUUCUGGGAGCGAGAGGUCCUUCACCUGUCCAACAGCUUGGAUGAGCUGGGACCGGUCAACUGGAAGAUGGUCCUGUGUCUGGCCGUCGUCUGGAUCAUCUGUUACUUCUGUGUCUGGAAGGGAGUCAAGUCCACAGGGAAGGUGGUGUACCUGACGGCCACCUUCCCAUACAUCAUGCUGUUUGUUCUGCUGGUCCGGGGAGCCACGCUGCCCGGAGCUGUGGAGGGCAUUGUGUACUACCUCAAACCCAACCACACCCGCCUGUCGGACCCACAGGUCUGGAUGGACGCUGGCACCCAGGUCUUCUUCUCCUAUGGCAUCUGUUUGGGAAGUCUCACUGCACUGGGCAGUUACAACAAGUUCAACAACGACUGCUACAAAGACUCUUUCAUGCUGUGUCUGUUGAACAGUUGCACCAGCUUCCUGGCUGGUUUUGCCAUCUUUUCUGUGCUGGGCUUCAUGGCCCAGGAACAGGGUGUGGACAUCAGCAGCGUGGCCCAGUCAGGACCUGGCCUGGCCUUCAUCGCCUACCCCAGAGCUGUAGCCUUGAUGCCUCUUCCUCAGCUUUGGUCCAUCUGCUUCUUCCUCAUGAUCCUCAUGCUGGGGCUGGACACCCAGUUUGUGAGUCUGGAGGCCCUGAUGACGUCAGUGACUGACCUGUACCCUCAUCUGAUCAGACGAGGUCACCGUCGUGAGCUAGUGCUGCUAUGCAUCUGCGUCGCCUGCUUCCUGAUCGGACUGGUCAUGGUCACGCCGGGAGGCCUGUACGUGUUCCAGAUCUAUGACCAGUUCUCCUGCAGCGGGGCCACUCUGCUGCUGCUCUCCAUCAUGCAGUCCGUUGCCAUAGGCUGGGUCUAUGGAGCGGAUCGUUUCAGUGACAACAUCAGGGAGAUGACCGGCUACCGCCCUCUGCCCGUCUUUAAGCUGUGCUGGAAGUACUUCACUCCAGCUGUGUGCACUGGCACUUUAGUCUUCUCCCUGGUGCAAUGGUCUCCCCUCAGGCUGGGAAAUGGUGUGGUGGCUCCAGUGUGGGCUACUGCACUGGGCUGGAUCCUGACCCUAUCAUCUGUCUCACUGCUUCCCAUCUGGGCCAUUUACGCCUUGGUCACCACACCAGGAACUCUUUCACAGCGAUUCCAUCAUCUGUGCAGACCUGUCCAAAUCUCACCACUGGGCUUCAUACACGUCUCUACCAAUAACAACUCAGCACUGCCACUGAACCAGGUGUCCAAGGAGCCAAUCAGAGAAGUGACUGAAGAUCCCAUGACCUGAUGAGCCAGCAAAGUUGCCACACAGUUACUGCUGCUGUAAUGGAAAAGUGAGGUGAUGAUGUCAUAUUCAUCUAGAAUUCACCAGCCACUGACACAUGUAAAUACAGCAGAGAUUCUUUGAAGCAAUGAAGAGUUUAAAGUCAUCUUUAUGUAGAGUAAUUAUACUUAUAUUUUUCCCUAUUUGAAUUUAAGUUGAAGGAGGUCAUAGUUUAUCUUUUACUUUCUCAAAAAAUAAAUAUUUGUUUUAGUACCAGGUUUUAUAGCACAGGACUUGCACCAGCAACCGUUACCUGAUGUAGCAUUUGCAUCAUUGCAUUCUAUGGACUUCACUCAGUACAGGUUUAAAGAUCUCAGAGGAGAUUGAUGUGGAUUCUUUGUUCUGGUCUCAGUCUGAUCCCGUGACUCCCUGCACUGCCUGCCUUGAGAUGUGGACAGAUACUACAGCACUUAACUUCUUUGGGUUGAGGCUUUAAUUGAUUUAAAAACGUUGAUUUGUGCUGUGAUGUUUGAGAUAAAGGAGAAGAUCCUAGAUAGAUUUACAACAGAGGUGGCAAAAGCUAAAAAGGCUAAAAAAUGUAAUUAAGUAAAAGUAUCUUCAGUUUGGUUAUAUUCUACUCAGGUAAAAGUAAAGACACCCAUCUAAAAAUCUACUUAAGAAAUGCUUAAUUUAAACUUCAAGUAAAAUUUGAGUAAAAGUUACAAAGUUACUUUAAAUUAUUUGAUGCAAAAAGGACGAGUCAAACAUCCAAUCUGCAGCUAGUUGUUUUUAAUCAACAAUUCAAAUACAAGUGGCAUAAGUUGAGAAUUCUGUGAUCCAUUUGAACGCUUAUGCUGCAAACAUCCACGCAAUUCUUCUCUUUCUUUCAGUUAACGCAAAUUGUUUUUCCUAUCAUUUAAAUUUUUACUCAGUAAACAGUUCAUUUUCCAAAGUAGCAAAAAGAAAUACUUGAGUUGAAAUGUACUUAUCUAUUCGCAAAACUACUAAAAAAAAAUACUCACAAAAACUCCUCAAUUACAGUAACGUGAGAUAAUGUAAUGUGUUGCUUUCCACCUCUGUUCAACAAGAUGCUGUAAAAGAAAAUCACCUCAGUCUGGUUUAAACUUGAGCUGGUUGGCUUUUUCAUGCCUACUAUUUUAAAUGGAGUAAGUUGCUGCUAUUUUACUGGUUUAGGAUUAGAUGUACACAUUUGACAACCAGCUGAAAAAGUGUCCUUAAUGAAGUGACCUCAAAUCAGAUGUGGUGCUCGUUAAAGGUUGUUUUUUUUUGUAUGCAGCUGCUCUGCUCAGCGCUCCCGUCAGAUUGCACCUGCUGUGUAACCUGUAGUUGUUCUCCUGAUUCACUGCCAUGUGUCUGUUCUGAGAUCAUUAAUGAGGAACCUCAAAGUGUUCUGUCCUGCUUUUAAAAUCAUUCAGCUGGUUCUUUAUUUUGUUCGUUUUAUAGCUCACAGUUUAAUAAUAGCCAAUUGCACAAUGUGCACUUGGACUAACAGACUCAAAGUGAGGCUGAAAACAAACUCACUCCGUCCUCUGUCCAAAACUCCGGCUCCUGCUGUGCUCCACUCACAUGUGCUCGGUGUGGCCGUUACUCACUGCCAGAUUAUCUUUCCACUUUACUGACCUUCGUCAUGCUAGCUUCAUUCAGACUGUGCUCUAUGUAAUUUCAUCUAAUCUAAUCAUCUAAUGUAAAAAUUCCCUUCAGGUUUGGUUUGAACAGAUCUGGUCAUGUGACCUAUCGCUGCGGGUCUGUCUAAUCUGCGAACACUCUCCUGCAAAUGUCAUCUUCUGUGCAGGUCUGUGUGAAACCUCCACCAGUUGAAAUCACUGAUUAUUUCUUAUGGACUUGACUUGAUUUGGACCUGUCAAAAUACUCCCUCUUUCCACUAAAGAUGUUUGUAAUUUUUGUAUUAUUAAUUCCUGUUUAAGAAAUGCCUUUUUAAAUUAAGAACUUGUUGAUCCAACUGCUCCACCUUAACUGUCCCGCUGAUCUGCUCAGUUCUAAUCCUCAUCAUCUUCACCUCCUCCACCUCCAACUCGGCCUUUUGUCUGUUUGACAGAGACACUGUCUCUGAACCAUGUAGCAUCAUAGCAGGUCUCACUACUGCCUUAUAAAACUGACCUUUCAACUUUACUGCUAUUCUUCUGUCAAUUCACUCUCUGAGAAGAUGCUGUGACACAGAUAAUAAAACAAACCAGUGUAGCAUGUUAGUACAUUUGAUCUGCUGACAGAUAUUUUUGAAUUGUGUCUCUGUUUGUUUGUAAACCAAAAAGUUCUCAUGCAAAUGUGAUUGUGUCAUUCUCAGGACUAUUUUUUUAAUUCUGUGAAAGCCCCACAGAGAUUAAUUUAGCCAAGUGAAACCAUCUGAUCUCUGACAAAGAGAUGUGUCUCUGUUCGCUGCUAACUUUUUGACGUUGUUGUUAAACCUGUUUGUUUUUAUGUACAUUUACAUUUAUUACAGGUGAACAACGUUGUGUUGUGAGUAAAACAAGAAGAAAGUCA